GUCCCUGCACACUCCCGAACCCCGCCCGCCCUCCUGCCACCCCGCGGGCGGGUCGGAGGUCCCCGGGCUGCGCGCGCCCGGGCCGGUCCGGUGCUUCGGACAGUUGUCGGGCAGGGGCGCGGCCGCGGGUUUGGCGCGGAAGUGCCUGGGAGCCGCGGGCCGGGGUCGCGCACCUCCGUCCGCGACCGUCUCCGGCUUGACCCGAGAGGUGACCCGGUCUGCUGGGGUAGGUUGGUGGCGGCUCUGAGGGGUGUGUUGCCCCCGAAAAGUUUGCCGCUUCUCCACCGGCCGUCUCCCCGCUUUUGUAAACCUCUCCAGUACGACUCGAAUGCAUUUUAUAAGGUGCAGUCAUGCAGGAAAACCUCAGAUUUGCUUCAUCUGGAGAUGAUGUUAAAAUAUGGGAUGCUCCAUCUAUGACAUUGGUGGACAAAUUCAACCCACACACAUCACCACAUGGAAUCAGCUCAGUGUGUUGGAGCAGCAAUAAUAACUUUCUAGUGACAGCCUCUUCCAGUGGCGACAAAAUUGUUGUUUCAAGUUGCAAAUGUAAACCUGUUCCACUUUUAGAGCUUGGUGAAGGGCAAAAGCAGACAUGUGUCAGUUUAAAUUCCACAUCUAUGUAUUUGGUAAGUGGAGGCCUAAAUAACACUGUUAAUAUUUGGGAUUUAAAAUCAAAAAGAGUUCAUCGGUCUCUUAAGGAUCAUAAAGAUGAAGUAACUUGUGUUACAUAUAAUUGGAAUGAUUGUUACAUUGCUUCUGGAUCUCUCAGUGGUGAAAUUAUUUUGCACAGUGUAACCACUAAUUUAUCUAGUACUCCUUUUGGCCAUGGUAGUAACCAGUCUGUUCGGCACUUGAAGUACUCCUUGUUUAAGAAAUCACUACUGGGCAGUGUUUCGGAUAACGGAGUAGUAACUCUCUGGGAUGUGAAUAGCCAGAGUCCAUACCAUAACUUUGACAGUACACAUAAAGCUCCAGCUUCUGGCAUCUGUUUUUCUCCUGUCAAUGAAUUGCUAUUUGUGACUAUAGGCUUGGAUAAAAGAAUCAUUCUCUAUGAUACUUCAAGUAAGAAGCUAGUGAAAACGCUAGUGGCCGAUACCCCUCUGACUGCAGUAGAUUUCAUGCCUGAUGGAGCCACUUUGGCUAUUGGAUCUUCCCGUGGGAAAAUAUAUCAAUAUGAUUUAAGGAUGUUGAAAUCACCAGUUAAAACCAUCACUGCUCACAAGACUUCUGUGCGAUGUAUAGCAUUUCAGUACUCCACUGCUCUUUCUAAGUCAAGUUUAAAUAAAGGCUGUUCAAAUAAGCCCACAGCUGUGAACAAACGAGCCAUUAAUGUGAGCACUACCAGUGGAGGAGUUCAGAAUUCUGGAGUCGGCCGAGAAGCAGCCACCUCUUCCACUGGCACAGCUCUCCCGCAGCCCAUGACAACAGCUGGGGGAAAAGGAGCAGUUGCUGUUCAAGACAAAGCAGGUUUGCCUCGAAGCAUAAACACUGAUAUUAUAUCUAAGGAAACGGACAGUGGGAAAAAUCAGGAUUUCUUCAGCUUUGAUGAUACUGGAAAAAGUAGUUUAGGUGACAUGUUUUCACCGAUCAGAGAUGAUGCUGUGGUUAACAAGGGAGGUGAUGAGUCCAUAGGCAAAGAUGGCCUUGACUUUCUACCACAAUUGAACUCAGUCUUUCCUCCAAGAAAAAACCCAGGAACGUCAAGCACUUCAGUAUUGCAUUCUAGUCCUCUUAGCGUUUUUAUGGGAUCUCCAGGGAAAGAAGAAAAUGAAAAUCAUGAUCUGACAGCUGAAUCUAAGAAAAUAUAUCUGGGAAAACAGGAACCUAAGGACGCCUUUAAACAGUUUGCAAAGUUGAUCCCUGGUGCUGAAACUGGAAAUCUGAAUACCUCUCCACCAUCUAACCAAACAAGAAGUCCUGAGAAAUUUGAAAAGCCAGAGAAAGAAAUCGAAGCCCAGUUAAUAUAUGAACCCCCGGUCAAUGGAUCCUCAACUCCAAAUCCAAAGAUAGCAUCCUCUGUCACUGCUGGAGUUGCCAGUUCACUAUCAGAAAAAAUAGCUGAUACCAUUGGAAAUAAUCGGCCAAAUGCACCAUUGACAUCUGUUCAAAUCCGGUUUAUUCAGAAUAUGAUACAGGAGACAUUGGAUGACUUCAGAGAAGCAUGCCAUAGGGACAUUGUGAAUUUACAAGUGGAGAUGAUUAAACAGUUUCACAUGCAAUUGAAUGAAAUGCACUCUUUGCUGGAAAGAUACUCAGUGAAUGAAGGUUUAGUGGCUGAAAUUGAAAGACUACGAGAAGAAAACAAAAGACUACGGGCCCACUUUUGAAAUUUCAGUGAAUACCUUAAUGUUUUGUAAUUGGAGAAGCUUCUGGCAACACAACUGCAUGGAAUCAGUAUUGUUUUUAUGGUCUUUGGGGAAAAAAGUGUUUUUCAAGUAAAAUGGUGAUGGGAUUUUACACCAACCACUAUUUCAUCUUCUCUGUCAAAAAUAUUUAUAUUUUUAUAUUAAGAACUGUACAUGUCAUCUGCCUAGUAGGAAAGUCAGCAGUAUCUUUAUUUUCCAAAAGCUUUAGCUACACACUAAGUGCCCUUUUUCAUAAGAAAAGAAAAUUGUGCAAAAAAAAACAAAAUAGGUUAUGUAUGUUUUUUAAUUACCUUUUUUUAACAGAUAAUAUUUUUGAUUGAUAAUUGCCUUCCAAAUUGUUUUGGAUGUUUGAAGAUUAAAGAGCUUGAUAUGCCUUCUAUUUUUAUGGUGAAAAUAAUUUUAAAAUGGCAAUUGGUGUUUCUAAGCAAUUGACUAGUAAAACACAACGUUGGUUAGUAAUUAUUUUGUUAACUUGAUAAAGUCAAGUAUGACUAUUAUUUAUUACUUGUACAUUUCAUAAGAAAAUUCUGGGAAUUUUGAAUUGCACAGAUUACAUUAUAUACCUAUUGCAUCUAUGUUAGUGUUUUGUACUUCUGGCAAAUCUCUACUCCUGUUUUGUAUUUUGUAGCUAAUUUCACUUUACCUGUGAAAACAUUUAGGGGUUUAUAAGCCUCAACUAGAGCUGCAUAUCUACUGAUUAUCUUAUGAAUUAGUAAAAUGCAAAGUUACUCUGUAAAGUUUCGAUCAACAUGAUUCAACUUCUAAUCAGUGAAAAUUUUAUAUUAGAUGCUAAGUAUUACAGUAUUAGUCCUAUUUUUUUCCCUUCCAAAUGAGAAGUGUAGAUUAUUUUGUUUUGUGGUUUAUAUCAUUAACUUUCUCUAAUUAUUUGUGUGCUGUGUGUCAUGUUUUUUAUUGUUGACCUUACCGUAAAAUUUAGAAAGUUCAUUGUCAAAAGAAUUUACACCUCUUUGCGAAUGGGUGGAUGUGUACAUCUACCUGCCAUGAUCUACGGUGUUAGUUGUAUAAGAUUAGGAGGGCUCCAGGCUUGUUUACCUUCUUAUUGUCUCCUGUCCCAAAGAUGUAAGCUAUGUACCUUGUAUACAGCACUCCUGCCCAAUUUUGACUUUGGAGAUAAAAAUUUUUACUAAAAUAAUAAAGAAACCUAGCUAGCUUACUAACUUUAUGGUUUUCCCAAGUGAUGGAAAUUUUGAGGAUGUAUUUAAUAAGUGUAAACGUACUAAUGAUGACUUCCAGAAAUAAAAACAGAAAUAUUACUUUUUCCUAGUGCGGCUCAGAGAGUACGUUUGUGUUGAAAUGUAAAAGGGUGCUAAUAUGAUCUUUCUUUCCUGACAGAUUAUUGAAAGCAUUAUGAUUUGUAACAAGCUUCCUUCUAUAUCAGUAUCAAACAGGUUUAGAAAACAUAAAAGUGUGUUUUGCCUACAUGCUGUAUUUAAAUCCAUUAAUAUUUUCCUAUUGCCUUUUUCUAUAAAUGCACAUAAUGUGUAUUAAAAGAGGUGGGAUAAAUAAAACAAUUCUAGUAACUUUA